AUGCGCGCUGGAGAGACCGCAGACGAUGCAGAAGAUCUCGUCGACUCCUGGGACACUCAGUGGUUCGGCUCCACCGAAGCAGCUUCCCGUCGGAGGUUGAAGCUGGACAUGGGCAGCUCCUGCCGGCCCAAGAAAGGAGAGCACCCGCUCGGCGAGGACGCCCACUUCGUCAGCGAAGAGAGGAACGCGUUCGGCAUCGCCGACGGCGUCGGCGGCUGGUCCAGGAACGGCGUGGACGCCGGCGAGUUCGCCCGGCAGUUGAUGUCCUCCUGCAAGGUGGAGCUGGAGCGCACCGGCGGCGGCAGAGCCACCGGCCCCGUGCUGCGGGCCGUCCUCAAGAAAGCCUUGGCGAAGACGACCGCCAGGGGGACGUCCACAGCGUGCGUGGCAGCGGUGGAUGGGCGGCUCCUGCGUGCCAUCAACGUCGGCGACAGCGGAUUCAUUGUGCUGCGAGGGGACACAGUCGCCUACCGCUCCCCCUUGCAUCAGCACAGCUUCAACAUCCCCUACCAGAUCGGCGGGGUGGACAAGGCCACUCCGAUCGAGAGGGCCGUGGAGCUCGCGACGGAGCUCGCCCCCGGCGACGUCGUCGUGGCGGGGAGCGACGGGCUGUUAGACAACCUGUUUGAGCAGGAUAUCGUGGAGAUUGUAGCGAGAAAGCGGGCAGAGGGGCUCGGCGGGACGGCGGAGGAGAUGGCGCGUGCCCUGGCGGCGGCCGCGGAAGACGCCUACAUGACGGGGCAAGAAAGCCCCUUCGGGGAAGCCAGCCGCGCGGCGAGGAUUUCUUGGAGCGGCAGCAAGCCCGACGACGUCACGGUCGUCGUUGCUAAGGUAUGCACGUCGAGGCUUCAAUCUAGCCUUCUUCUCUUCUCCAAGGGAGGUCACCGUCACUGA